AUUGUCUAUGUAAUAGCGAAGCCGGUUGCUUGAGUAACGGUACUUCUUCUUCUUCUUAAUUGGUACUAGACAUUUUUAAUUCUUAAAGCUGACAUUCAGUAAUAGUUAGAAGCCAGUUGUAGUGUGUUUUUGAGUGUCGAGUUAUCAGUGUACUAAUUUCAGUAAAAUAAACUCCCGUACAACGAUUGAGCAGCAGAAAUUGGUCAUAAACCAUUUCAAAAAUUUAAAAUCACAGCAAAAAAAACUUUUCCUUUUUGUUACAAACUUCGUGGUGAACUUACUGCACCCUGUUAGAGGUAUAUUUACAUAAAAUGCAAUAAAAUUGAUUGGUAAUUGCCAGUUCACACAUGGACUCUUUUGCCGACUAAGCGGUUUUUUGUAGGCGAGGGGACGACGAGGAAAAACGAAAGGACCGUGCCUCCUCUGCUCGGGUGGGCGGUUUGCUUUCUUCUUCGUAACAGUUGUGUUUUAUAAUGAUACUUGUUCUCUGCAUAGAGUGACACCAAAAGAGAAUUUAUCGAAAAUGAGGGACAAAAGAGUCCCAUGUAAACGCCAGCUAUUGAAUUACCCUAUUGAAAAGGUACAACAUCACUAUUCGUAGCAAAUUUUUGACAAGCUACUCGCAAAUCAGCUGUUAUAGCGCAUUCAAAAUCGUAUGUAAAUAAUUCUUUAAAAAAAAUACUUUUUAAAUAUAUAAUAAUUUUGAAAAAUAAAGAGUAAUCAUUUAGGAGCAUGAAUGACAUAAAACGUUUAAAGGAUCAACAACGCGAUAAACAUCCUGGUUUCGACGCAUAUUUAAAUUGCAUGACUAGAGCACUUUUCUCAGGUCUAGCUUCGUUUUGCCUGACUUUUUCCGGUAGUUAUUUUACACAAAAAGUUGUACGUACAAAAAUUUACUACCCUAUUCAAUACAGCGUGCUAGUGUCGGCAUUAGCGGCAAUUGGUGUAUCCUACAUGACCACUACAACGCGCACUAAAGCUUGUCAAGCAGCUUGGAUGGCAGCGGAAGAUAAGCAUUCUGUGCUGAAAGAAGACAUUUAUUAAAGGAGUAUAAGUGAAAUUUAAAAAAAAAGAUAUAUAAAUAAUUUAUAAAACAUACGCUAUUUAUUAAUUAUAUUUGAAUAUAUUAUUAUAACAAUGUGGUUUAGAAAUUUUGCAACA